ACAGUGGCUAUCAAGAAAAGGUCCAGAGUUCCCGGGGUUAUGAUCACUCAGUAUGUUGAGGUACUGCCUGCAGGGAAGUCAACACCUGACUUUGCCCGGAAACCAAUGCCUAUGACUACUCAAGAGGGUAAAAAAGUACUUUUCAAGGCCAUGGUUAGUGGAGAGCCGGCACCAGCUGUGACAUGGGGGCGUAACAAAGGUGAGGUCGAUGACCCAGAAAAAUACCAGACCAGAUUUGAUGAAAGAGCUCAAGAGCACAUUCUUGAGAUACCCAAUGUAAAACCAGAUCAAGCUGACACCUACAAAUGCUUUGUCACCAAUGAGUAUGGACAGGCUGUCUGCUCUGCAACUCUCAAUGUUAUUGAAGUUGGUUUCAAGAAGAAAGCCCAAGAAGCAAACAUACAAGCACCACAAGAUUUCAGAAAAAUGCUAAAGAAAACUGUUGUUGUUACCAGAAAGAAACAACUCCCACCAAGAAAAGAGGGAGAAAUUGAUCCUAAACUCUUGGAACUGCUUCUCUCUGCACCAAAGAAGGACUAUGAAAAAAUCUGUUUUGACUUUGGUGUUACCGACUUUCGCUGGUUGCUUAAGAGACUCAACCAGCUGAAAAAGGAAAGGCAAGAUGAGCAGGCAAAGGUUGUAGAGCAGCUGGACAAUGUCAAACAAAUAGAAGUAAAACCAAACGGGAGAGCUGAGUUCAGCCUGGACAUGACACUACAUGAUCCAAACAGUGCAAUUAACCUGUACAAGGAUGGGACAAUGGUUCCAUAUGGGAACGAUGAAAAUUCAAAGCAUAGCCUUCAGAAAACAGGGACAAAUUAUGUUUUCAGCAUCAAAGAUCCUCAGCCAGAAGAUGCUGGAUUUUACCAGCUCGAUGUUGAAGAUGCAAAUGUUCUUACAACUGACUUUCAAGUUCCUGCUGUGGAGUUCAUAGCCAAGAUUAAGGAUGUGAAGGCCUUUGAAAGUGAGGACGCCAUCUUUCAGUGUGUCCUGUCAACACCCCUCAACAGAAUUACCUGGUCAAAACAGGAUUCAUCGCUUGAACAUGGGGACAAGUAUGAGAUCACUGUCUCAGAGGACAAGCUAAUUCACACGUUGAGAGUUAAAGACUGUAAAAUGGAAGAUUAUGGAGUCUUUUAUGCCAUUGCUGGGAUAACAUCCAGCUGUGCCUCUCUUAAAGUGGAAGAUGACCUGACUAAACUUGCAUUGGAGCAGCAGGCCAAGCUACAAAAACAGAAAGACGACCUGGAGGCAGCCAGACGAGCGCAGGCUGAAAAGGACGGUGCGGGGAGCGGGGGAGAUGGAAGGGAUGGUUCCGGUGACAAGACGGAUGGAGACGAGGGAGAUGGAAGGGAUGGUUCCGGUGACAAGACGGAUGGAGACGAGGGAGAUGGAAGGGAUGGUUCCGGUGACAAAACGGAUGGAGACGAGGGUGGAGACGGCACAAAUAAGAACCUCCUGACAGAUGGAGAUGAUGGAAAUAAAGGGAAUGAUGCAGAUGAUGGGAAAAAGAAGCGAGUACGAACUGGCCCUUUGGUUCCUGACACUGUUAUAGAUCGUGGUGUUCAGUUCAUCUGUGGACUGUCAGAUACUUUGGCUAAUAUUGGUGAACGAGCAGAGAUGUCUUGCAAACUAAGCAGUGAGACCUCUGAGGGACGUUGGUAUAAAAAUGGGAAGCUGCUAACCAAUGAGGAUGGUGUAACAAUUAUCAAAGAUGGAGCCUGUCACAGGUUGGUAAUUGAUUGCUGUAAAAAAGAUGAUGCAGCUGUGUACAGCUUUGAAGCUGAAGGCCGUAAAUCAGAAGCAACGCUUAACAUUCAAGAUCCACCCAAAAUCGAUGAUGAUGCACUAGGAAAAUUCACAAAGCCAGUCAUUAUAAAGGCAGGUGAAAAUGCAGAAUGGAAGUUGCCAUUCUCAGGUGGGGCUCCGAUGAUAAUACAGUGGUACAAGGAUGACGAUGAGCUUUUGCCCGCUCUCAAUGUGAAGAUUGAAACGUCAGCUACUGAGAGCAAACUACGCCUUCUCAAGUGUCAAAGGAAAGAUGGUGGAGAGGUCAAAAUCAAAAUCAAAAAUGAAUUUGGUACAAUGGAGGCUAUUUCCAAACUUAUCGUAUUGGACAAACCCACACCACCACAAGGACCGGUGGACAUUAUGGAAAGUGCUGUAACAUCUGUUGAGUUCAAAUGGAAACCACCAAAACAUACUGGUGGCUGCCCGGUCACAAACUAUAUCAUAGAACGCCAACAAGUCGGGCGCAAUAAAUGGUUAGAUCUCGGUGAGAUCCCCGGCAGCAACCCGAGUUACAAAGACUUAGAUGUGGACCCUGGAAGGAGAUACUGCUACCGGAUCAGAGCCAAGAACGCAGAAGGCAUCAGUGAUUACCUGCAGACAGAGGACAUAGCAGCUGGUGUAUUACGUUACCCCGGAUCCCCAGCAGCACCAAAAGUGGUCAGUGUCUUUAAAGAUUGCAUCAAUCUGGCAUGGUGUCCUCCAUGUGACACUGGAGGAACCAAAAUAGUGGGAUACAACUUGGAAAAGAACAAGAAAGGCACAAAUUACUGGAGCCUUGUCAAUCAAGGGGGGCCUAUUACAGAUACAAAGUAUGCAGUGAAAGAUGUUUUUGAAGGGGCGGCAUAUGAAUUCAGGGUGUCUGCUAUCAACCUAUCUGGUGCUGGAGAUCCUAGUAUUCCAUGUGACACAGUUAUCGCAAGAGAUCCAAUGAAACCUCCAGGCAAAAUCACAGACCUGAAGUUAACAUCCUCCAAUUACACCACAUUUUCACUGGCUUGGACUAAACCUAAAGAAAUCAAAGGGGUAGAGGAUGAAGCCCAAGGCUACUACGUGGAGAUCAGACCAAUAGAACACCUUGAGUGGACUCGUUGUAAUGCCAUCCCAAUUUCUAUAACUUCUUACACCGUGCGUGGCUUGAAGGCAAUGGCCAGCUACUGGGUGAGAGUAAUUGCCACCAAUUAUGGAGGCGAUGGAGAACCUCAAGGCUUCGACAAUUACGUCAUUGCCAUGCCUCCUCCUGUAAGGCCAAAGUUUAAAGAUCGCAACAUGAAGACCUUUGUGGUGGUAAGAUCUGGAAACACAGUCCGUCUGAACAUCAACUUUGAGGCCUCACCCCUGCCAGAAAUCUUGUGGCUGAAAGAUGGUACUCCGGUGUCCAAACAUGUAACUAUUACCAACUCUGAUAAAGGCUCUCAACUGUUGAUCCCCACAUCUGAGCGGUCCGACAGUGGCAUCUACACCAUUACUGUCAAGAACAUUGUCGGCCAGGAGAGCGUCAAUGUUGAAAUCAGAGUCACAGAUGAUCCCAAGCCUCCAGGUCCAGUGGAGCUGGAUCAGAACAUCCCAGGAACAGUGACUCUGUCCUGGACUUCCUCUCCAGAUGAGAAGAGGGAUGACAGACUCCACUACAUGGUAUCCAAGCGGGACUCCUUCAAACGCACUUGGAGGACGGUGGCAGACAACCUCUUCAACAAUAAGUUCACAGUUAUCAAUAUUUUGCCUGGACGGGAGUAUAACUUCAGGGUUUUUGCUAAAAAUGACAUGGGUCUUUCACCACCUUCUGAAUCCCCUGUGUUUGGAACCAUAAAGCAAAAAGGAAAGUUCAACCUAAACAUGCCAGAGACAAAACCCCUUGACUUGCAGUCACCACCUUCAUUUAUCGUUCCCCUGAAAAAACGCACAGCUCCGCAAGGUUACGAGAGCUACAUGAGCUGCGCAGUCAGGGGGGAUCCAGCUCCACGGGUGACAUGGUACUGCAACAAUAUCAGCCUGAACACAAACAUCAACUACUACAUCACCAAUGUGUGUGGAGUUUGCUCCUUGCUUAUACUAAGGGUGGGGCCCAAAGACAACGGGGAAUACAAAGUGGUCAUUGAGAACAACCUGGGGAUAGCCGAGUCCUCAAUGACACUGAUUGUCAGAGAGUGA